AGCUGCCGCGCGUCACGAGUGGAAACAUAAGCGUGGAUUUUAUUUUUGUCGGUGACUCCUGUCCGGUUCCCUCUCCGCGCGCCCCGGUGAUCCUCCCACACAUGUGGAGGUAACCUCAGAGUUUGACAGCCACUGUGUCUCCGGCGGUGACGGCAGCGCACCGGCGGGCAGCCAGCUCCGUGCGCCCGGAGGAGACGCGGCCAGCAUGCUGUGCGCCUGGCAGGACUCGUGGAACAUGACGGACACAAACUGCAGCGACGGGUUCAACUUGACGCAUCAGCCGCAGCCCGGCACCACCGCCGCCAUCAUCAUCGGGAGGAGGAACGACACCGACCCGUUCGGACGGAACGAGGAGGUGGCCAAACUCGAGAUCACCGUCCUGAGCCUCGCCUUCGUCGCGGCAGUGGUGGGCAACGUGAGCGUGCUGCUGGCCAUGUACAAGACCCGGCGGAAACCAUCGCGCAUGCACCUGUUCAUGAAGCACCUGAGCCUCGCGGACCUGGUGGUGGCCGUGUUCCAGGUGCUGCCGCAGCUCUGCUGGGAGAUCACCUUCCGCUUCUACGGCCCGGACUUCCUGUGCCGCAUCGUGAAGCACCUGCAGGUGCUCGGCAUGUUCGCCUCCACCUACAUGAUGGUGAUGAUGACCCUGGACCGCUACAUCGCCAUCUGCCACCCGCUGCAGACGCUCCAGCAGCCGAACCAGCGCGCGCACAUCAUGAUCGGCUCCACGUGGGCGUGCAGCCUGGUGCUCAGCACCCCGCAGUACUUCAUCUUCUCCCUGAGCGAGGUGCACCCCGGCUCGGGCGUCCACGACUGCUGGGCUCACUUCAUGGAGCCGUGGGGGCUGCGCGCCUACAUCACCUGGAUGACGGCGGGGAUCUUCCUCGUGCCCGUGGCCGUGCUCGUGUUCUGCUACGGACUCAUCUGCCGCACCAUCUGGAGGAACCUGAAAUAUAAGACCCGGACGAGGAGGACGGUGGCGGAGGCCAACAGGAGCGGGAUGCUGGGCCGGAGCUCCGUGAGCAGCGUCAGCACCAUCUCGCGCGCAAAAUUACGCACGGUGAAGAUGACUUUCGUGAUCGUGCUGGCGUACGUGGUGUGCUGGGCGCCUUUCUUCACCGUACAGAUGUGGUCAGUGUGGGACAAGACCUUCUCCUGGCACGACUCUGAGAACACCACGGUGACGCUCACCGCCCUGCUGGCCAGCCUCAACAGCUGCUGUAACCCCUGGAUCUACAUGAUCUUCAGCGGUCACCUCCUCUCCGACUUCGCCAGCAGCCUGCCGUGCUGGCGCUCGCUGAGGGGAAAGUUAGGCCACCGGGAUUCUGACAGCAGCAUCCGCCGCACCACGUUGCUGUCCCGCCUGCAGGGCCCGCGCCUCUCUGAGCCGUUCAGAGACCUCAACCCUCCUCCCAAAAACUGUCCACAGGUCCCAUCUGUGUCUUGACCGCUGGGAACACUGCUGUGUGUCUGAUUGGCUAAAACGACACAGAAAACAUGAGCUGGUCUCAAUCUGCUGGUUCGUAGCAGCGACGGAAGGUAUGACCUCAUCUGAGGGUGCGGUCACGCCUGCAGCUUGUUUUCUUUGGUCCGAUCCAGAGUGGAAACGUUUACUCUGUGGCAAAUAUUUGCUGUUUGUUUCUUAAGCUGUUGGAAAAGAGCUCUAAUCACUCUCAGUCUGCAGGGUCAGAGAAUUCAGGGGUUAAACAGAAACAAAUCCACUCACUUUAAACUCAAGUGUUUUCCAGCCUGGAUCCUCUCCUCACAUGUUUCUGUGUUUAAGAGACUGACGGGAACAAAAACGCUUGAAACUGGUCCAGUGCAGUGAUGUCAGUGUUGGUUCAUUAUGCUUUAAAUAGUCCGACACCCAUCAGCUGCUAACUAACCAGCUAAAAUGAUGUGAAAUACCAGACAAAUGUCCAUUUAAUGGGCGCUCCACUGACUCACUGACCAGCGUCGCAUUUCAAAGUCCUAUCUUUUUAGACGUGGCGACAAUUUGAUGUUUUGUGAUGUAAAUGUUUUGCCCAGCUAGCUGUGUUAACAUGAAAACAUAGUGCCCAGUGCCCACCCUCCAGUCUCCACUGGUUAGCUAACGUUAGCCUUGAACACUAUGCACUCACGCAGCCGGGUUGGGUGGGAGCUAACUAGCGGCGCCACAGCAAUACCAACCAUAAUGGUAUUGCUGCAGAAACAUGAGCUCCUUUUACACUGCCAGAUUUUCGGCGAAUGCUGCGAGCGUUUA